CUCCCUGAAUCUCGGGCACGGGGCCACUUCCACCACAAGAAACUCUGACCAGCAGCCUCAUGCUGCGAUGUCCAAUGAAGGUGACCGGCGAUAAUUCCACAUUGGUCGACACUGAAUUUAAAACAAAAAUGUCCUCCUCCUCUCCAUUUUCCCCAGAUUUCGACGCACUCUUCAAUCUGUUGACCAACAGUCAGAGCAGACGGCUCGACGACCAACGCGUGUCUCUUCCUUCGUUACCCGGUUUGGACAAAAAUGAGCCGCAGUCAUCAUCUGACACGGAUUCGAGCUACUUGUGCUAUAUGGUCUCCAAAGUCCAGGGGAGCAGAAUGGAAAACCAAAGUUGCUCCCUACAUCAAAUCCAGCCCUUGGAGCCGGAACGGAAGGGAGACAACAUUGCACGCUCGGCCUCUUUCAGCCCUGGUUUGAACAUAGAACGCCCCAAGAGCCAAGCUAAGACCUCCCCCAAAAAGGUGUUGAGUCAAGCUGAGCAGAAGCAAUUCCUCAACUUAAUGGCUCACGCGCAGCGAGGCCGCAUGGAAGAGCAGCGAUGUGUCCUCAACGUUAGUCCGCAGACUUCCCCUAAACACAAGCCCGCCCAGAACGCCGCAGCCGCAGGUCCGGAUUCUGACAAGUUCUUCAACCUGCUGGCCAACUCGCAAGGCAAACGUCUGGAUGACCAGCGAGUUUGUCUUCCAUCGUUGCCCGGGAUUCAAAAUGGAGGCCCCUCCCAAGCAUCAACUACAGACGCGAGCUAUUUGUGUUACAUGGUCUCUAAAGUCCAGGGCUCCAGGUUUGAUGAUCAGAGAUGUUCUGCGCCUCAUAUCGGUCAGAAUUUAGGCACUCCAAAACCCCAGCGCAAAGUUUCGCCCACCUCAGAAUCAUCUGACAAAGCUCAAAGGAGGUCCGGCUCCCUAGACAGAAGUGACACUUCCCAGCAGCUCUCUCCACCUGAUCAGCAACAAUUCCUCAAAAUGAUGACUCGCGCUCAGAGAGGACGCAUGGAGGAGCAGCGUUGCACUUUAGCCCAAAGCAGGAGCACACCCAACACGCCCACACACAACCCAAAUAAAACCCCUGCAGGUCCAGAUACGGAUGGGUUGUUCCUCAGGCUGGCCUCCAGCCAGGCACACAGGCUGGAUGACCAGAGGCUCGCUCUGCCCUCCCUACCCGGGAUAAGUGCCACCACGAAGGUUAGCGCCCCACAAAUCAGUGUGGUUGAAAGCACAGCCUCCAAAAGACAAGGGGCGAAAAAGCCGACUCCUCAGGCCCAGACGACUGCGGCACCUUCGGGCUGCAGCCUGCCAAAAUCAUCAUCCUUCAACUGCGAGACAAAAUAUCAGCGGACGCUUGACUCCGCAGCUCAAAUGACAGUAAAGGUGUCAAUGAGCUUCACACCACAAACGAAUGUCAACCAGUCUUUCCCAGAGGUUUUCCUCACUCUGGGCGCCCCAGGAGAAAAUCUCAUGAUCCCUCUCAGCCCGAGACCUGGCCGACCCGUCUCCUUGAACCUGAACCUCAUCCCCAGCCCCAGGAAUCCCCGUUCGAGGCCGUCGUCGCCCCAGCCCAAAGCGGCCCGGAAGGCGAAUCCCGUUACUUCUGGCCCUCCGGGACAGGAAGGGUCCGCAUCCGGCCCCAUCGGCCCACAGGAAGACUGCUUCUCUCUGAUUGAGAAGGUUCACACGUCCCACCUUAAAGUCGGAGUGACUCAAGGGGGGCAGAAACACAAAGAGGAUGCAGUGAAGGGGCGGGGCAAUGGAAAAGGGCAAGCUAAGAAAGAUCAGAAGAACGCUGGUAAUAAACACUAGACAGUCUCAUCAAGGUAAGUUGAAAUUAGAAGAAAGAGGCACUGUUUGUUGUAGUUGGUUAUCCUAAUUACAAUCACCCCCCCCUCCUCAAUUCUUGACAUUUAGUAUUCACAACAUAGUCCCCCCCCA